AUGGAGCAGCCAAAUCAAGCUGGAACUGAGACAAGUUCAACCUCAUCACAUAGCACAACAGCGGUUGGUAUGGCAUCACCAAAUGCGGCAGGCAGUAGUACGCAUACAACACCGAAAGCGAGACGAGUGGCGAAGGUGCACAAAAAGAAUGAACGUGGUGAGACGGCGUUGCACGUAGCGGCUCGUCGAGGUGAGCAUCGUUUGUGUAAGAAGUUACUGCAAGAAGGAGCGAUGGUGAAUGCGUGUGACUAUGCCGGAUGGACACCGCUUCAUGAGGCGUGUUCACAUGCACAUUUGAAGGUGGCCAAGGUUCUUAUUAGUGGUGGUGGGAAUGUGAACGCAUGUUCGGAGAGUGGUGAUACUCCACUGCAUGAUGCGUCAUCGAAUGGCUCUGAAAAGGUUUCUUAUUCACAAUUUUAUCUCACGAUCAGUUUCACGUGCGUUAACGUGAAUUUUAAGUGA